UUUAUUUGCUUCUUUAACCAGUUUACACCAGCUGUCUCCUCAAGGUGUUUUUCUUUUCUUUUACAGAGGACAUACUGGUUUUCUAGAUUAGAUUACUCGCAUUUUAUAGUAAGUAAAACACUUAGUUUCACUUCACUUGCGUAUAUCAACGAAUCUAUUUGAAAACAGAAAAUACGUAUGAUAAACUAAACAACAACAGUCGUGGGACUUUAAAAACGUUAUCACAAGGCUUUCAGACAUAAAGAUGAGUCUACGAGACAAGCAAACAUAAAGCUGAGAUAGCGUGGGAUAAUUUGAUUGGCCUCACUCGGAGAUAUCGAGAGGGAAGUGGUGGUGGUGUCAUCGAAAAAGGCUGCAAAUGAAGCAGCUUUCAUUGUGCGGUGAAAACUAGACUACGUAUACUUAACCAUGGACUCCAUAACUGUUAAGAGACUUUUAUCUGCGUUAUUGUAUGGAGCUUGUUCAUUUUUCAUAGUAGUAGUUAACAAGACUGUGCUUACAACGUAUAAGUUUCCAUCUUUCCAGUUCCUAGCACUAGGCCAGAUGUUGGCUACUAUUGUUGUUUUAUGUUUAGGAAAGAAAAUUAAGGUGGUCGAUUACCCAGAAUUUACGCCUGAUAUUGUAAAUAAGAUAUGGCCACUUCCUCUAAUUUAUGUUGGAAAUCUUAUAUUUGGUCUUGGAGGUACAAAACGUUUAAGUUUACCUAUGUUUACGGUAUUGAGAAGAUUUUCCAUUCUGUUUACAAUGAUUGGUGAAAAAUUACUAUUGGGGGUUAAUGCCCCUAUGCCCAUUCAGCUGACUGUAUACACAAUGAUUUUGGGUUCUAUUAUUGCUGCUUUGAAUGAUCUUUCUUUUGAUGCUGUUGGAUAUUUCUUUGUCCUGACAAAUAAUGUCUUCACUGCAAGUAAUGGAGUUUAUGUCAAGAAAAAGUUGGAAAGCAAGGAAUUAGGGAAGUAUGGGCUUCUCUUUUACAAUUCCUUGUUUAUGCUUCCAUUUGCUGCUGCAUUUUGCUGGUUUAAUGGAGAUUUAGACAAGGGAAUGGAUUUUGAGGGUUGGAAUGAUGCUUGGUUUGUCGUACAAUUCCUGAUGUCUUGUAUAAUGGGAUUCAUACUGAUGUUUUCUGUCAUGCUUUGCACGCAAUACAAUUCAGCCCUCACAACUACUAUAAUUGGCUGUCUAAAGAAUAUACUUGUUACUUAUCUAGGGAUGAUCAUCGGUGGAGAUUAUGUGUUCUCAGUAUACAACUUCUUAGGCUUAAAUAUCAGUGUAUGUGGCAGCAUAGUUUAUUCAUGGAUCACCUUCCGGAGAAAGGAACCACCAAGACCUGAAUUGCUGAAACCAGCUCAGACAUCAAAUGUUUAGAAAGAUACAGAGAACAAUAAUUUUAGUGCACUAGUGUGAGUGUUAUGUGGUGAUAUUCACUGUUUGGCAAAUACCUUUUGUGCAAUAGUGUGUGUGUGUGUGUGUGUGAAUGCAGUUAGCUUGAUUUUAAGGUGAAUCUCUCAUGUAGAUAGCUAUCUACUUCUUGAAUAUUUGUUACUUAGUGUUGCAUACUGUGAUUACUUAUUUAUUUCUUUCACUAAGUACUUUAUAUAAUGUUUCACACCAUCACAUUGCUGACGUGAAACAUUGUCAAGGUUAGUAAUUAUGUUUUAGAUUGUUCAUUGGAAGGCAGAUUUAUGAUUGUCAUUAUGAAUUGUAAUUAGUUUGUUUCAUAUCUCAGCUGUUUAUUUUCCUUAUACACCACCUAUUUUAGUUCCAAAGAGCUGUUCCCAUUUCCUUUGAGAGGUUAAUUAUUCAUGAUGUUAAAAGUGUAGUGAUCCAGUGGCCAACGUGUAAGGUAGUGAACUAUUUACUGUGAUUAAAUUUUAAAUUGUUGGCUCAAAAUGUUAUAUUGGUGCUUAAUUUUUAAAAAUUAGGGGUUAUGGUAAACCAUUUGAUUAUUACACUCAUUAGGGCAUUGAUUGUUGGUGAUAUUAGGUUACAGUAACAUCUGAAACAUGGAAAAAAAUAGUAGGGAACAUAAUUAUAUAUAAAACUUGGAGAAAUACCCAAAUUAUUCAUGAUGAAGUAUAAUUCUUGAAUUUAUUCAUCAUCAAUAAGUGGUGAUGAAUAUGUAGUAAGCACUCAUAAGUUUUGCCCAAUUUUAACCCAGUUAGAAGAUAAGUAAAAAUCCUGUACGUAUCCCAAGAUUUAUCACAGGGAAUUUAGGAUACACCAUCAUUAGUAAAUGUCAGAAGUUAGGUGCAAAGCCCUUUUUUUUUAUAGAAAAUCUUGCUAAUAGAGUAUUAUUCCAGGUAAUUUAUGCAAGUUGUAGUAACAUUCCAAAAUACAGGUGUCAGUGAAAAUGAACUGGUUGUUUGCAAGAUGAAAAAUACAUGGUAGCUAAUAUGGUCACUUUUGAUACCUACUUCAAAUUUCAAGUUGCAAAACAUUUUAGCAGUACUGUCAUUAGUUCAUGAUGAAUCAAGUACUUUUGGUGCCUUCAAAUUUAUUUUUGUAAAAAAUUGUGGCAAGUAUGAGAUCCAUUCAGUGAUAAGUAAGUUGAUAGGUAAUGGUAAUGCAGCACACAAGAUUAGGGAUAACAGUCAGAAGUUAUGUAGAAGGUAACUUUAAUGGGUGUAUUUUUAAAAAAGGUAAUGAAUUUUAAACAUUAAUCAUUUAUAUACAUUUCUGUACCAUGUUAUAUGUGAUAUUCCUAGAGAAAAAGAACAAAUAUUUAUUAUUACACCCUUUAUGGUUGAAAGAUAAAACUAAUGUGGAUUCUAAAGUUAUUGCUGGGUACCAGGUUAAAUACAAUUAUGAAGAAAAAGAUAGGGAACAGAUUUUUGUCUUUUCCCACUAUUACUAGGAAAUCUGCUGUUUCUUUAUUUUUUGAUGUCCCUACUUUGAAUGUAAUAAGUUUGAUGUUAAAUAGUAUUUUCCAUCGGGGUUGUAAUGUUUUUUAUUAGGACUGAAAAUUUUUUGAAAUUCAUGUAGCAUCCUUUACAUAUGUAAAUAAACAGUGAUGGUAAUGAUUACUGUAGAACAAAACAAGUUAUAUAGUACAGAACUGUUAUUGUUUUCAUUUUAACUGAACAGCAUACUUAAUUAUUGUUCAUUUUUAUUGUAUUGAGCUACUUUACCUUGAUUCUCAAAUUAUACUUAAUAUUUUUUAAUCUCAUUUUGGCUUAUUUAAAAUGUACUUUUUAUUUUUUAAUCAUUGUUUAUAUUGAAGCACAUUGAAGGUAGAAAAAUCAUAACAUUCAUGCUACAGAUUACAUGCUGUAAUGUAUCAAGACAAUUUUACAUGUAUUCUGUAAAUACUUUACACUCGCUCCCCAUUUUGUGGUCUUUUCUUGACAUAAAUUUUCAACCAAAUUUUACCUACCUUCCAAGAGGAAAGCAAUUGUUAUGAAUUAAACAUUGGGUAAAAAAUGUUGCUUCACUGGCCUGUAAUAUUUCAAGUAAAGAAUUAGUGGCUUUUUGUGCUGCUCUUAACUACAUGUACUGUCCUACUAGUACAUUGUUAAAAAUGCAGUGCUUAAAUUGGUAGUUACUGUGCUUUGUAACAUGAUUUUACAAAUUUUUUUAUUGUUAGUUUAAAUUUCUUUUUAUACUGCAUUUGCCUUCAAAUGCAUUUACAUUUCAUGUACUACCCAGAUAGUUUUUAACUAUAUUAUUUAAAGAAUUUAAAACAUUAUAUGAAAAUGAGGUAUAAAAUUUGUAAUACACAAUGGUCAAGUUAAUACUUCAGAUACAACUGUCAGCCUCAUACAGGCCUGAAGACUAUUAGUAAUGUAGAGGUAGCCAGUUCUUUAUUUUGUAUUUUUGACCCAUAAUGCUCAAGUUGUUAGGUAUCAUAUAACUUGUCAGCUUCAGAAGAAUAUUAUUUUUAUACUAGUGUGAAUGUGUGAAAUAUUUUGUUUUAUUUAUUCUAUGUAUGCAGAUCUUUUACAUAUGAGGUUUGUGAUAAGUUUAGAUAUGUACAGUUGCUUGCCAUAUCUUUAUUUUUGUAAGGUUUCAGUAUAGUUUAUUGAUGUUUUUAAAAAUAUUUGUAUGAACAAAUAUGUUCACAAGGGCAUUCAGUAAUAUAUUUGUGACUUGGAUGUACAGUAGUUUCUGUAAUAGCCCAGAGAAACCUGCAUACUUCAGGUUACAAUAGAUGUAAACAAAGGGUUAAACUAUUUUUAUGAUUUGCUGUCAGUUUGUUAAAUUUCAAGUCACCACCAUGUCAAUGGCUUUCUUUGCCAGGUCAGACCACUUACUAAGUUUAACUGUCGUAUUGUGCUUUUUAUUACUCUGAAAGAUGUUUUUAUUCAAUUGUGAAGGGAAGUACAGUAAAUAAUUUUACUAAGGUAAACUAAGAUAACAGAAAUUAUAAAAUGACAAAUAGGAAUAAAAAUUUAUACUAUAAGAUAGGGACUCAAUCUCAAAUGGGACAAGUUUUUAUACUAUUAUAAAUUAUAAGCAUUUUUUAGUUUUCCAAGUUGGUUUACACGAGCCAUUGAUUUAUAAGGCGUUUUAUUCCUCCCUCACAGGGACUCUUGCACUCUCACACUGCCUAGUAAUCAAGAGUAAUUUUGCUAGCAGGAAAUAAGAACUGCUCCUUUUUGUAUGCCAAUUAUAAAGUCAUUAAAUUAUUUAAGUGGUCUACUCAGCAAAACUGACAAAGAAAGGCAUUUACAUAGCAAUGAUUUGUAUCUAAGGCAACAGGUUUUGAUAACGUUUCUGUAACUGUCAUAAUAAUGGCUUGAUAUUUGUUUGCAAAUCUGCAUAUGUAAUAAAAUGUUUGAAAUAC